AUGUCCAGCGAAUACCUCGCGGCAUCAGAAGAAGGAGCAGCAGACAACCGCAAUCACGGAUACAAGGAGCUUUCAUCUGAUGAACCCAACGCCGAGUCCAAUGCAAACCCCAGCAGGCCAACCAGUUCAGGAGGCGGUGGUGUAGGAAGCGGUGGUGCACCGCAGAAGCAUCGUAGCAGGGUCCGUUUCAACAGCACAAGCGAGGCCAACGAUCUUGCGAACCAGAAGUCAAAGUUCCCCUUGCGAGACAAAGCCAUAUCACUGCAACCCAUCCCACAUUCACCCACGCGGCAGCAGAAUACUGAAUGGAGCCCCCCACAUUCGAGGAACAAUAGCGGCACGAAUCUGCUGAGAACCACGCCAGAGCAUGAGAAAGAAAACCCGUUUGCCGAUCCUGUGGACAAUCUUAUCUUUAGGCCCAAAGCAAGCGUUUUACGGCACCCCAGCUACAACCAAGGACUGGAGGAUGAGGAUGAUUCUAACGAGAAGUCUUUUUCAGCACUGGCAGCUCAAGAGCGAGCACAAAGGCUGUCAAAUUUAGUAGGAAGUCAUUCUGCUCCAGCUUCUAGGCGAAAUAGUCUGGAUGAAGAUGACGAAGAUGCGUUUGUGGCCGGGUUACCCUCCAAACCAGGCAGAUAUCCAGUCAGGCUUGACGACAUACCCUUGGUGGAUAUGAAUGUGCGCAGAACCUAUGAUGGAGCAGCUAUUGAUAGUGAUGAAGAUGACCUCAAGGAGACAUCGAAGCGUCACUCAAAGGCGUCAAAUACUUCCGAGGCUCACCAGUUGGUUAGGCAGCAUACCAGGAAGAUACGGUCAGAAAGUCUGGCCAUACAGCCGGAGCAAGUUGGACUACGUUCUGGACAGGUCACCCCAGUUGAGGAACAAGCUUACACGGAAGAGUAUGUACCACGCCCGGCUCACUACAGAGGUGGAGUCCUGUCUUCACUUCUGAAACUCUACAAUGCACCACAAGGCAGUGUUUCUCGAAGAGGUAGUUUUACGUCUACAAAUAGCCCUUCACGUUCGGGGACAGUCACCAAUUCCGGAGCCACAACGCCCAGGACGAAGCAGGCUAAAUGGUACAAUCAUAAGAACAGCUCCCAGGAUACGUUAGCUGGGCUCAUCGAAGCUUCUGCCAUUCUAGGCGCACCAGGAGGUGCUACCACUCCGCAGCGUGGAAAGCUGUCCAGACCUGGGCUUGGCAAGAGGACGCAUACUGGUCUCAUUGAGACAGCAAAGACUAAGAUCAGUAAUAAACCAAGACUUGAAGACGAAAUUCGAAUCACCGUACACAUUGCCGAGACUUUGAGUCGUCAAAAGUAUCUAUUCAAGUUAUGCAAGGCUUUAAUGAGCUAUGGUGCUCCCACCCAUCGACUCGAAGAGUACAUGAAGAUGAGCGCUAGAGUCCUGGAAAUCGAUGGCCAAUUUCUCUACUUUCCAGGUUGCAUGAUUAUCUCCUUUGACGAUGCUGCGACGCACACGACUGAAGUCAAACUCGUGAAGUCAGUUCAAGGUGUUAACCUCGGCAAGCUGAAAGAUGUUUGGGACAUAUACAAGGAAGUCGUCCACGACGUGAUUGGUGUCGAAGAAGCCACCCAAAGACUGAUCGAUAUCAUUGAAGCGAGACCGAAGCACAAUCCUUGGCUACUCGUUCUAGUCUACGGCUUUGCUAGCGCUACUGUCGCACCCUUUGCAUUUGAGGGACGGCUAAUUGAUUUGCCAAUAGCCUUCCUUCUUGGUUGUAUUCUUGGCUUCCUUCAGUUGAUCGUAGCGCCCAGAUCCGAACUGUACAGCAACGUGUUCGAAAUCUCUGCUGCUGUAUUGACUUCUUUCCUUGCCCGAGCCUUUGGGUCUAUUCGUGGAGGCAGUAUAUUUUGUUUCUCUGGCCUCGCUCAAUCUUCGAUUGCUCUCAUUCUCCCGGGUUACAUGGUGUUAUGCGGUUCUCUCGAGCUUCAAUCGCGCUCUAUGGUUGCCGGGUCUGUUCGGAUGGUCUAUGCCAUCAUAUAUUCGCUAUUUCUUGGCUUCGGUAUCACCAUCGGAACCGCAUUCUAUGGUUUGAUGGAUCCAAACGCUUCCAGUGCGACGACAUGCACCAAUCCAAUCGGCCAAUACUACAAAUGGAUAUUCGUACCCUUAUUUGCACUCUCCCUGUGUAUCAUCAACCAAGCAAAGUGGAAGCAGAUACCAAUGAUGCUCAUAAUCGCUUUCAUCGGUUACGUGGUGAACUUCUUCAGUGCCAAAAAGUUUCCAUCUUCCGCGCAGAUCUCGAAUACACUAGGAGCUCUAGCAGUGGGUGUGGUCGGAAACUUGUAUUCACGAAUACGACAUGGAGUCGCUGCCGCGGCCCUUCUCCCCGCCAUCUUUGUGCAAGUCCCUUCAGGGCUCGCCGCUUCUGGUUCCCUGUUAGCUGGAAUUAACAACGCUGAUCAAAUCACCAACACAACAACGUAUACGAAUGGAACAGCCAGGGCAAAUGGGACUAGUUCUGUCUCCACUACUGCAGGAGUGAGCGAUUUUAGCGACGUUGUUUUUAACGUUGGAUACAGUAUGAUUCAAGUCGCAAUCGGCAUCACGGUUGGCUUGUUCCUCAGCGCCUUGAUCGUUUAUCCAUUUGGAAAGAAGAGGAGCGGCCUGUUCAGUUUCUAG